AAACGGAAUUCUUCCGAAUUUUUUCGAAAUCAUGUUACGUACCAUUUACCAUUUAUCGUUAUCGCAAUUGAGUCAUCUCAUUUUCGAACGCUGUGUCGUCUAUUGAUGAUAGUGAAUGUAUAAAUGAAAAUUGAAAUUCAUCAUCUCGAGACACGUUCAUUCGGCUGUUGGCUUCGUCGUAAUCUCGCAGAAAAACAUGGCAUGGCACUGCAGUGGAACCACCAAUCAAGAAAUGAUAACUAAACUGAAAGAUGCAGGCAUUCUGACAACCAACAAAGCAGAAGCAGCGAUGCUGGCUGUGGACAGGGCAAAGUACUGCCACGAGCCUGACCCUUAUCUUGAUCGACCAAGGAGAAUAGGAUACAACGUAACCAUUAGUGCUCCUCACAUGCAUGCGUACGCGUUGUCUAUCCUCUCCGAUCAAUUGUUCGAAGGUGCCAAAGCUCUGGACAUUGGCUCUGGUUCUGGUUACUUGACAGCGUGUAUGGCAUUUAUGGUGGGUCCACGUGGUCGUGUAAUCGGCGUCGAUCACAUCCCCGAACUGAUUGAAAUAUCGUCGAAAAAUGUACAGGAGGAUUGCUCUCAUUUCAUCAAAGAAGGACGAGUUAAAUUUGUUGUGGGAGACGGUAGAUUGGGACAUACCGCCGACGGCCCCUACAAUGCGAUUCACGUUGGAGCAGCGGCGAAUACGUUGCCGCAGCAGUUGAUAGACCAAUUAGCUACUGGAGGACGUCUAAUUUGUCCAGUAGUUACCAUAGAAGGAUUCCAAAGGAUUCAAGAUUUCCUGCAAGUGGAUAAAAAUACCGAUGGCACGAUCUCAAAGAAAAAUCUGAUGCAAGUUUCCUACGUACCUCUCACGGAUCCAGCCACCCAAUUACAAACCGAUUAAUGCAUAAUCGCGCAAAUUUAGAAUUUGUUUAGAAAAUUUUCUGUGUCGUCUUGAACGGUGACAACGAUCGUUACAAUUCAAAAAAGGAAUCAUUUUUGUUCACAGCGGAUUCGAUGUUACCAAAUUAGAGAUUUCUUACCGAGGUAUGCAUCAAUAAAAUAUAUUUUCCCUAAA